UGUAACCAGAGAGACCGACACACGUGGCGACCACCAGGGGGCAGCAGCGGCGGAAGCUGAGCCGGAAGAGAGGCGGCGUGUAGUCCACAUGUGCGCACUGUGUUUAUGUCAGAUAAACAGCACACACGACCUGUGAGCUCGUUAAAGACAUUGUUUCAAGAUGCUGAGUGAUUCUGAGGCUGCGGAGCUGCUCUCCUUCCUCUCCCCCGGUACUCGUGCUGACGUCAAAGCUCAGGCCACAGAGUACUUCCUGGGGCUGUCUGGACACAGGGAUGGCUGCCGCUUCCUCCGCUCUAAACCUGACAUACUUGCUGGCCUCUUUGCUCUGACUUCUGACAUCUCUAUUGCCAUAGUAAAGGACUGUUACUACAUCUUCAUCAACCUGUCAGCUGACGAGACUCUGCACCAGGUUUUAGUCGGAGAUGUCAAAGUUCUCCCAGUGUUGUUGAAGAAACUUCUGGAUCCAGAGUUCAUGUUCUCUGAUCAGAUCUGCACCAUCCUGUCGAACCUGACCCGCCACGAGAAAACCUGCAAGACUGUGUUCAAGGUCAUCCAGGAAGAGGUUGGUCUGGCUCAGGUGGUGGAGAUCUUCUGUACUGAAGGUUACAAUAAGAACGCCAAGCUCCACUAUCUCGGCCCUCUGCUGUCCAACCUGACACAGCUGCCUGAGGCCAGAAACUACAUCCUGGACAAGGACAGGUGUGUAGUCCAGAGGUUGUUGUCCUUCACUCAGUUCCAGGCGUCGGCUGUGAGGAGAGGUGGAGUCAUCGGCACCCUCCGCAACUGUUGCUUUGACCACGCCCAUCACGAGUGGUUGCUAAGCGAUGCUGUGGACAUCCUGCCCUUCCUCCUGCUGCCGCUGGCCGGUCCAGAGGAGCUGACAGAGGAAGAAAAUGAUGGUCUGCCUGUGGACCUGCAGUACCUCCCAGAGGACAAGAAGAGAGAAGAAGACCCCGACAUCAGAAAGAUGCUGCUGGAAACACUUUUACUGCUGACGGCGACCAAAGCCGGCCGGCAGACUCUGAAAGACAAGAACGUUUAUCCGAUCAUGAGGGAGUUCCACAACUGGGAGAAGGACGUCCACGUUACAGCAGCCUGUGAGAAACUGGUCCAGGUGCUGAUAGGAGACGAGCCGGAGGAGGGGAUGGAGAACCUGAUGGAGUUGGAGAUUCCCGAAGACGUGGAGGAGAAACUGAAGGUGGCCGAUGCCAAAGAAGAGCAGGAGCUGGAGAAAGAGCAGGAGAGGUUGAGACAGGAGGAGGAGGAGGAGGAGAAGAAGAAGAAGAGUGAUGCAGAGGGGACGGACAAAGAACAGGAGGAUGGACUGAUACGAUAAAUCCUGUUUUUUAAUUGUCGGCUUUUUAUCAUUCAGACGGGCGUCAGUUAAAUGUUCAUUAAGACUUCAUUCAGACGUGGCAGGGCAUUUACAGAAGGAGGCGCAGCGCUCUGCAGAUCGAGCUGUAAGUCUGCUGGAGGAGUUAAAGUAAGCACUGAUAUGAAGGGAGAGUUUGUGUUCUGUCAAGCUGCAGCAACGAUGAGUUUUAAAACUUUAAUCAGUGAUGUGAGUGUGAGGGGAAACUCACGCAACCUCUCACGGUGAUAAAUUUACUCACCUGCUUCGUCAUCUAUCACUGAAGUCUGACGCCUGACGAUGCAUUCGACGUCAACAUUCACAACAUUAAACUGAUUUUAUUAUUAUUGUGUCAACACUUACAAAUGACAAAUUUAACAGGGGUCUAAAAAAAAAGAGGUUAAGUAAUCUUCAUGACUUGUUUUUAUUCUUUUCUAAUCACCGACGCUGUACAGUAAUGACGUCCGACCUGCUGUGGAGUGAUCGUCUUCAUGGGAUUGAUUAUUGCGAUCUCAUCCUCUGGUGAGGCUGUUUUCGAGGGCGAGGUUCACUCCUAACACCCAGCUUCAAGGACCAGUGUGUAGGAUUUAGUGACAUCUAGCUGUGUAGUUGCUGAUUGUUUCACCCUCUUCUUCUUAGUAUAAAGGAGAAACAGCGGUGGCUGCCAAAUGCACACAAACCAUGAAACGCUCUCCCUAAAAGACAGAAACGUUAAACAUGUCAUAAGAUCCUUAUUUUCAGGUGAUUAUACACAAAUGAAAACAUAUUUCUGAAUAUUAUGUUACAUUUCUGUCAACAGAGAUCCUAAAUCUGACACACUGGACCUUUGAAAGUCAGUUUAAGGUUGGACAAGUUGUUUUAUUCCACACUGUCUGAGAGUAUCGUGUUAUUCCACCUCUUCAUUAAAAUUAUAUGAUGUUUACACAGUGUGAAAUAUUCAAA